AUGCACAUCCCAGUUUCCUACCUUUCUGUGGCAACCUAUCUACUUACACGAACUGUUCAUGCACAAAAUUCGUUGCCUCAAGUCGACCUUGGCUAUGAGAUUCACCAGGCUAUCGAGUUGAAUGAAACCGCUCAAACGUACAACUUUACCAACAUUCGCUAUGCUCAACCUCCAGUUGGGAAGCUCCGAUUCGCCGCUCCUGUGCCACCGGAAGGCAGAGAUACAGUUGUGAACAAUGGAAGUACUUUGGGGAGAAUCUGCCCCCAGGCUACUCCAGCAUGGUUUGGAAUUUCAGCCCUGUUCACUCCCUAUUUUCUCAAUGGGACGGCCGAGGAAUUCAACUUUACCCUCGCUGAACAGCAAUUGGAAUUGUAUUUGCAAAACACACCGCCUAGUCAACCUGAUCCUCGAACCAGCGAAGAUUGUCUUUUCCUCGACGUCCUCGUUCCCAAGAAGAUCUUCGACAAUUCCAACAAUCGGCACCGAAGAUGGCAACAUGCGGGCGCCCCGGUUCUUGUGUGGAUUUACGGCGGCGGCUAUACCUUAGGCUCCAAAGACGCGAUUCCGAAUGCGAAUGGCCUCAUACAAGCGAGUCAGGCAGAUGGAAGCGAUGGAAUCGUUUUCGUGGCCUUGAAUUAUCGCAUCGGAGCACUGGGCUGGCUUUCUGGCCCCAGUCUGCAGGAGGCCGGCGGUGUUUCGAACGCGGGACUCUACGAUCAACGAUUGGCAAUUGAAUGGGUGGCCGAGAACAUUCAUCUCUUUGGCGGUGACCCUAAUCGCAUUACGUUAAUAGGUGAAUCUGCUGGAGCGGGCUCGAUUGAACACCAGAUCACAGCAUUCGGGGGUCAGAAAGGUGUUUCAUUCCAACAGGCAAUCCCCCAGUCUCCAGCCUUUGGGCCCCUCGUGUCGAAUUACCUCCAGGAGAACCAUACGCAAAACUUCCUUGCACUCUUAAAUGUCUCGACCAUAGAAGAAGCCCAGAACGCAUCUUCCGCAGAGAUCAUCCGGGCGAAUGCGCUUCAAGUGGCUUCCGCGCCUUAUGGCACGUUCGUCUACGGGCCGGUUGUUGAUGGGGUGUUUGCGCCCUCACUGCCAGGACAGCUUUUCAGCCGAGGGCAAUUCGCUCAGAAUGUCACCGUCAUGGUCGGACAUAAUACUCAAGAAGCACCCUUGUUCACCCCUCCUAAUGUCCAAACCAAUGACGAUGUUAGAGCCUGGGCGCGGCUUACUUACCCGGGAGUAUCAGCUGACAUAGCCGACUACGUCGUGGAGACUCUCUAUCCUGCUGUCUACGACGGAUCACAACCAUAUUCCAACCCCAUAGAACGCACGAUUCUGAUUUCCAGUGAUGUAGCCUUUGUCUGCAACGCCAAUUAUAUCAACAAAGCAUUCAAAAACCAGACCUGGGCUUACGAGUUCCAAGUCCCACCCGCGCUACACGGGCUGGAUGUUCCAUACACUUUUUACCAGGGCCAAGGCACGAAUCUUUCCGCGGGCAUGAUUGCUCCUGUGGCCGAGGCUUUCCAAGGAUACAUCACCAACUUUGUGAAGAAUGGAAACCCAAACGGGCCCGGUUUGCCGUAUUUCCCCAUCCAGGGUACGAAUGCCAGCAUGCAAGGAAUCAAUGCCACAUAUAUUCAGCCGCAGAUGGACGACACGGCAAAUCCACGAUGUGCCUGGUGGCAGAAAGCGUUGUACUACUGA